GUCGAAAUAGCCUCACCCAAUAGUGUACUUGUAAUGAACUGCUGAAGAGGCAGACACUCCGGGGAAUUUGUGUGCUCUCUUUCCAUGCUAGGGCCAGGGGAAACCUGUGAAGCAAGCGACGUCCAUCGCUCAUGGCGUGCAGGAGACUUAGGUUGCCUGAUAUUCCGUUGGGCCCAAGACGAUGAUGUUCUCCAAUGCCGCGAGAUUCGCAGUCAAGAUGUAUCAAUUCCCUUCCGUUAUUAUGAGGCCGUUUCAUCAGGCAUGGGUGCCGCCAAUCCCUCCCUGGUAUCAGUCAUUGUCUGGAAACCAGAUAUAAAGUGCAGCAGUACCUUAUAUACAUUGUUCUGCGUGCUGUCGAGCCUGUCAUCAGAUCCCGAAAGACAAAAACCAUUAAACCGUAAGGUACAAUUCCGUUCAACGCCAGCGACUCCCACCGUGAUUGAUAUUGGAGAGGUGGUCCGAACCCUUUCUCGUCCCGGCGACGGGCAUAGGAAAGUCCCGUUAUUCGUCGGCCCCCUAGUAGUCUCCCCUGCCGAGAACCCCUCAAAUCCGUUUCCCUGCUUUGGAAUCCUGUCUAGAAAUGAAGAACAUGCCUGGCACCGCGUACGUAUAUCUAAUUUUUUUUCUUUCGUUUCGUCGUUUCUGUGAAGCCCGUGGGAACCGAGGGAAUUUCGAUAAGACAGCGAAACAAUGUCGAGAUCCGAUGCGAUAUUCUCGUUCGUGGGAAGGCUUUUUCUC